CGCCCUGAAUUUGCUAUCAAAGAAAGAUAGCAGAGUACACUCAAUUGCAGAGAGGGAGAGAGAGAGAGAGAAGUAUUGAAGAGGAGCCAAGUAGCCAACCACCGUUCUUGGUGGUCUGAAAAGCUGAGUGAAUUGAUUCAGUUCUGGUGAAGGGUUCUUGAGCUUUGCAUUUCUCAUUAGGAAGGGCACAGAACAAUCAUCUCAGUUUCAUCUUUGGUUUUCAAGAAGGAAAAUGGUGACAAGGACUGUGGAUCUCCGCUCUGACACAGUUACUAAACCAACAGAAGCCAUGCGGGCUGCAAUGGCAAGUGCUGAAGUAGAUGAUGACGUGUUGGGUUUUGACCCAACAGCCCAACGCCUUGAAGCAGAAAUCGCAAAGAUCAUGGGCAAAGAAGCUGGUCUUUUUGUUCCUUCAGGCACGAUGGGUAACCUGAUUAGCGUUCUUACUCAUUGUCCAAUUAGGGGAAGUGAAAUCAUCCUUGGUGAUUAUUCGCAUAUCCACAUUUAUGAAAACGGAGGUAUUUCCACCAUUGGAGGUGUUCAUCCGAGGACAAUCAAGAACAACGAUGAUGGAACCAUGGAUCUUGAUCAGAUUGAAGCUGCAAUCCGAGAUCCUAGAUUUGAGAUAUGUUUCCCAACCACUAGACUCAUCUGCUUGGAAAAUUCAAAUGCACACUCUGGUGGUAGAUGCCUCUCAGCAGAGUAUACAGACAAAGUUGGAGAGCUCGCAAAGAAGUACGGGCUGAAACUUCAUAUUGAUGGAGCUCGCAUAUUCAAUGCAUCUGCUGCCCUUGGCGUUCCUGCUAGUAGGCUUGUACAGGCUGCCGAUUCUGUUUCUGUUUGUCUGUCAAAAGGUCUGGGCGCUCCAGUAGGAAGUGUAAUUGUUGGUCCGAAAAGCUUCAUUGACAGGGCAAGGAUUAUGAGAAAGACCUUAGGCGGUGGAAUGAGACAGAUAGGCGUGUUGUGUGCUGCUGCUCUUGUUGGGUUUCAAGAAAAUGUCGGUAAGCUCGAAGGGGAUCACAAAAAGGCUAAAACUUUAGCAGAGGGGCUUAACAAAAUUAGCGGACUGGAAGUUGAUAUGGCUUCAGUAGAAACAAACAUUGUAUUCUGCGAUAUACUUAAGGAAGCAAACACAACUGAAAUGGAGCUGUGCAAGAGGCUAGCGGAACAUGGUGUGCUCAUUCUACCAGAAGGCCCAAAGAGAAUCAGGUUCGUGAUUCACCACCAGAUUUCCGACACUGAUGUGCAGUAUGCAUUAUCCCGAGUUCAGCGUGCUGUGACUGGAGUGGCAAAUGGAAGCGGGGACCAUUGAAAUUGAGGGAAUUGUUAUCUCUGCUUCAAGAUUUUCUAUCUAGUAAAGAAGUGCAAUAUUCCAGUUGAUCUGCAGUUCAUCUUCAUCUUUAAGUAAUUAAGAAGUUAUCUGGUUAUGUUUUAUCCUGUUUUAUUUUAUGAUGCCUAGACUCAUAUGGCCAGUAGGCCAGAAUGCAAUGAUGAAGUUUCAUUUAGAGAAGAAAGAUCUGAUGAUUAUGAUGA